GCCAGUUCUUUCUCUUUCGCAUCUUUUUCUUUCGUCCAUUCGUUUCUUCUCACAAUCAAAACACGAACACAACGAAAGAAAAGCAGAUUCAGAAGCAUAAAAGAUCUCAUUAGCGUCUUUUAUUCUGAUCUGUUCCCAUCCUUUAUUCUCAUAAAGUAAAAUCGCUCACUGUCUUUAACGCCUUUCAUCCGAAAAAUCAAUUUCUUGCCGUGUGUCAGUUUCAAUACUCUUCCUUCGUCCCUUCAAAACCUCAAAACGCUCCUUCCUCUUGUUUCUCACUGUCGUUCAUUUCUUGGGUUUCUCCUCACUCUCUCACUUUAUAUGAAUUGAGAAGUAUGAAAGGGGAGGAGAUGGCGAAGAGAUCCAUAGGAAGUUUAAUGCGGAAGAAGCUGUCUGAUAUUACCAAUUCGCAGCCCCAACCUAAACUGCCCAGUAUUGAAGAAAAUCUGCCGGAGAAUUUCCCCGCCAACAAGGACUGCAUCGAGCAUUUGCUGAAGGAAAGAGUGACGCUGUUGCAGCUCCUCGCGGAAAGAAAUAAAAUUAUCGAAUUGACUGGAGCUGAGCUGCAGAGACUGCGAACCAAUAUUCAGAAACUGCAGCUGCAAAAUUGGAAUCUUGCUCAGUCAAACAGCCAUAUGCUAGCGGAACUUAAUUUAGGAAGAGAAAGGAUUAAAGCACUGCAGCAUGACAUUGUAUGUAGGGCGGCCUUACUUAAAGGGAUGAACUUAGGAGGGGAGGGUGAAGUGAAGACGAGGAAUGAAAAUAAUAUACCAUUGCCUCAGGAAGUAGAGGAAAACGCAGCACAGCCAUCACCUAGAGCUAGCUACGAGAAAAAACACAGCAGCCGAAACAGACGACGAAACAUGAGGAGAUCCACUGGUUCUUCUUCGAACUCUUCCACAAGGGAUGCAUGCAAAGAGAAGGCCAAAGACAAAAGGCCAGGUUUGCGAAGACAUUCUGCUAAAGUCACAACACAUGAACGCGAGGCGUUGGAGGAUUUGUUCGAGAUAGAAGAUGCCAAGCAUCCCGUCACCGGAGAAAACUCGGGCUUAGGAAAGCAAGGUCCAAGAUCUUCAUUUGGAAGACCGUUGCGCAAAGCAGCCGAGAAGGUUCAAUCUUACAAGGAGAUUCCUCUAAAUGUCAAGAUGCGUCGACUAGAGUAACUCAAAUCAAGUUGGAAGUAUAUUCUUAAGCGUGUUAACCUGUUUUUCUGGUCAUUUGAAUUUCUCUGUGGUUUUUUUUUUUUUUUUUUGAGGGGGGUUAUUUGGGGCGCUUGGGUGUGUGGGUUCCAAUUGUUUUGCGUCGAACUUGAUCGCCGUGUUUAUGGAUUGGUGUACAUGUAAUGUUAAAGUGUUGGAGCUGGGCUUCAAAAAGGUGAUACGGGCUAAUUUAAUUGGACUAAGCUUUUGAGACCCAAAACAAAAGACGACAAACAUGGUUGAAAAGAAUGGCAAUGCAUGUGGAGGGCAUGUGAAAUGAGGCAGAUAGUCAAUAACACAGGGGAAACCGUGUGGGGCCUCCUCUGAAGAGCUUUAUCUUUCCAAAUAUGUGCCAACUUCAGGUACUAAUCCUUUCUUUUUGGUGUUGUUUUGUUUGGACAAUCAUGUGAAUCAUAACCCCACAACAUAAGACAUUUUCUGCGCCCCCUUCAUCUGUU